GAACUAUAAUAGUUACCCGAGUAGUACGUUUACAUUAAAGUCUUUCUCAGACCACAACCACAAUUUUUCUUUAAAUAUAUUUUGAUUCCAAGAGAGUUUCGCCUUAAGGUGAAGCGAGUCAGGCGUGCACCUCGGUGCCUUUGAAACAGUACUAUACAUGAAUAUGGAGGUCAUGAGCAGAGACUUUGAUCAAAGUGGUGGUGGCAAACGAGGAGGAAACAGAGCUGCAUUUUUUGUAUAUAUAAUGGAAGGACUGGAAAGCAUGGCGUUUAUAUCAAACUCAGCAAGCCUGGUGAUAUAUUUCUUCAGCUACAUGAAUUACAGCUUAACAAAAUCGUCGACCAUGCUCACCAAUCUCUUAGGAACUGCCACUUUACUCUCCCUCCUCGGCGGUUUUAUAUCUGACACCUAUUUAACCAGAUUUGCAACCACUCUUAUUUUCGCUUCAAUUGAAUUAAUGGGAUAUAUAGUUCUGCUAGUGCAAGCCCACCGUUCGGAUCUAAGACCACCAAAGUGCCUAAGCAUAACACACCAAUGCGAAGGUGCAUCAGCAGGGGAAGCAGCAAUCCUAUACACAGGGCUGUAUCUUAUGGCCCUUGGAACAGGUGGAGUCAAAGCAGCUCUCCCAGCUUUAGGUGCUGACCAGUUUGACCCAAAAAAAGCUAAGCAGUUGUCUACUUACUUUAACUGGUUCAUUUUCAGCCUUACCAUUGGUUCAAUCUUGGGUGUCACUUUGGUUGUAUGGAUAAGCACAGAUAAGGGCUGGGAUUGGGCCUUUGCCGUUUGCGCUAUAGCUCUUUUACUUUCCAUCUUUUUCAUUUCUUUGGGCAACCCCUUCUAUCGGAAUAACCUUCCAAAAGGAAGCCCACUCCUUCGUUUUCUAAGGGUUUUCGUGGCCUCUUUUCGAAAUCGAAAACUUCCCAUUCCAGAAAAUGCAGAUGAAUUACAUGAGAUUUAUCAGGACAAAGAAGAUGAUAACUUACAUCAUGAAAUCCUUCAAAGAACAGACCAAUUCAAGUUCUUGGACAGAGCAGCUGUGAUAAGAAGAACAGAAGAUGAUGAUAAUGAUGGUAGUAAUUCAGGAUCAGAAUGGAGAGUGUGUACAGUAACUGAAGUGGAAGAGACAAAGAUCCUAAUACGGAUGCUACCAAUCAUACUAACCACAAUCUUCAUGAACACAUGCUUAGCACAACUCCAAACCUUCUCAGUCCAACAGAGCGUAACAAUGGACAGAGAUUUCAUUGGCUUCGAAAUCCCCGGACCCUCAGUCCCAGCCAUUCCUUUGCUCUUUAUGUUCAUUCUCAUCCCAUUAUACGACAGAGUCUUUGUCCCAAUAGCAAGAAGAGUUACGGGUAUUCCCACCGGCAUUAGCCACCUCCAGCGCAUUGGUAUUGGCUUAGUUCUCUCAGCUAUCUCCAUGACAGUUGCCGGGUUUGUAGAAAAGAAGCGCAGAAACGUCGCGAUUCAGCAUGACAUGGUCGAUAGCCAAGAUGCCUUGCCCAUAAGUGUUUUCUGGCUUGGUUACCAAUACGCUAUAUUUGGGGCGGCUGACAUGUUUACCCUGGUGGGGAUGUUGGAAUUCUUCUAUGCUGAGAGCUCGGCGGGAAUGAAGGCGCUGAGCACCGCCAUCUCGUGGUGCUCGUUGGCUUUCGGGUACUACUUGAGCUCUGUGGUGGUGGAGAUUGUGAACAAGGUUAGUGGGGGUUGGUUAGCAAACAAUAAUCUAAAUAGGGAUAAGUUGGAAAACUUUUACUGGUUGUUGGCAGGGUUGAGUGUUGUAAAUUUUGGGGUUUAUGUCAUGUGUGCAUCUUGGUACAAGUAUAAGAAUGUGGAAAUGAUCAAGAAAGAUGAUGCUUCUACUUAAUUAAUUCCCCUAGGAAAUUAAGGCCUUAAUUAUGAUAUAAUAAUCGAAAUAAUAGUAAUAAUAAUUAAUAAGUUUUGUUUAGUCAUGUUUUUAUUAAUGUGUACUUGUUUUGUGCCAUCUUCACUUGUAUAAAUAAGUAGUUUGUAAGUGUGGCCAAAACAGAGUGGUCGUUUUAUUAUACUAGCUAGUUAGU